AUGGAUGGCCGUGGGACUGAAGUUCAGACUGGACGCACAUCACCCCCGUCUGGACCCUUUGGAUAUUCCUUUCUCUCUCCCAUGGAUACCCCAUUUGAACAAGCACCCGCUCUUCCUCCGGGUCCCUCUCUCCUUGAUGAUAAUGAAUCCAACAUGCUCGACAACUUCUUUACUACCAUGAAUGCGAACCACUUUACGAAUGACUUUUGGAUGCGACAAGAACAUAAAACCGGGUUAUCCAACUUGGACUGGUCUGGCGAAUUGCCUCCGAACUUCGAAGGAUCAACUACCUCCUUAUCACAACCAUCUUUUCAGCAGCAUGGACUGGGAAAAGCAAACGGGGGCAUGAUGGUCGGAACUCCUACAGGCCAGGACAUAUUCGCAGCAGCAUCCAUGCUAUAUCAGAGCGGCCUCAACGGGCAAGAUAUUGGGUCCACACUAGCGCAGCAGGCUUUUGCAGGACAUCCUAUACCGCAAAAUGGAACCCACGUAAGCAAUGAUUCACAGACUAGAAACCUCGGGCAGGGACCGAGUGCUUCUCCGUCUCGGGCCGAUGUGCCCACUGGAUAUCAUACAUCAGAGAUGUUUUUUGACGUCCGGGAUCCUAUCCCAGCCGACCAGCAUCCAUCAAGAAAAGCCCGUAGUCUCCGCUGGGGCUCCGAUGUCAGUUUUAUGGAUCAAGGCUAUCUUCGCCCACCCGAUCAACCUGAUGAGGAACAGCGAACAAAGGAACUGCUAGAUCAUCUGGGUUGCUUUGAAACACAGAGCAGUGCCGCCAACACCCGAGCCCCUAGUCCAGAACGGAUCGUCGGCGACCCUGUUCACCGAGGUUCUUUCGCUUCACAUUCCAUUGGUUCAAUCCCGGACGACAGCCUACAAACCCGGAAACGGUCACGAAUUAUGAAAGAAGAAGUUGACUCCGACGAAGAGGAUGGAAGACCUCAUUCCAGGAAAUCUAGAGGAUCUAUAAGUAAAGGACGUCGGGUAUCAGCAGAUAUGUCUCGGAAAGCCCGCAUUCAACCAGGAUCAAAGGCUGCUCGAGAGAAUCUCUCCGAAGAGCAGAAGAGGACCAAUCACAUCCUUUCAGAACAGAAACGCCGAAACCUUAUCCGUCAAGGCUUCGAAGAUCUAUGUACUCUCGUGCCGGGCCUCAGAGGCGGUGGCUUCAGCAAGAGUGCAAUGCUCACAUCCGCCGCCGACUGGCUUGAAGAACUUCUCCAAGGCAAUGAUAUCCUCCAAGGCCAACUACAUGAGCUCAAAGGCAUCAGCGGUUUGGUAAUGCCAAGAUGA